AGCCGGAGACGCCUCCAGCCUGCUCUGUGCCAGUUUCAACACCGGGAUCCACCUGCUCAGGUAUUCAAAUGGAAGAGAACAGUUGGCUCUGUUUUGCCGUGGUGGGGCGAGAGGGGAGAGAAGGGGAAGGAAGGUCCUGCUUGUUGUUUAUCUCAGAGCUCACCGCUGUCUCUGGCAGUAACGAAGCUCACCUGCCUGCUGGCACCAGGACGUCUACCUGUGCGGAUCAGAGAGUGGAGGAGACAGAUCUCCAUGAGGGGUGCAGUGUGACGGCUCUGACUGCUCUCACUAUGGAGUGCGAUCCUCCCCAACACCCAGAGGGGGAGGAAGGUCCAGACCUGGAGUGUGCCAUCUGCUUCAGCCAGUUCAACAACGUCUUCCGGGCUCCCAAGAUGCUGCGCUGCAAGCACACCUUCUGCCUGGAGUGCCUGGCGCGCAUGAACAUCAAGUCCUCGGCCCCGGACACCAUCCUGUGCCCGCUGUGCCGGGACCUCACCACCCUGCCUGUCCUGGGUCUCCCCAAACUGGACAACAACCCGGCCAUCCUGUCCUACCUCCCCGAGGCCAUGCAGCGUGUCUACAGCAUCCGCUUCAACCGCAGCAAGGGCCGCCUGCUGGUGAAGCAGCCCCCUGACUCCUCGUCGCUACCCCCUCUCUGCACGGUCAGCCACAGCCUGGACGUGGGGCUGCCAGCCAGCCAGGACACGCAGGGUUCCUCCCAGACCAGCGGCUGCCUGUGGCUCUCCAGCCGACCGUGCUGCCGCACUUUCCUCAUAAUAUCUGUGGUGGUGGCCUUGGUCCUGCUCACCUGCUGCAUCAUUCUGGUCACGCCAUAUGCUACCAAGCAAAGCCCAUAGGCAACUCCAUGGGGAGAUGGGCUUCCCAUUGCAGUCCCGUGAGGAAAGCUGUUAGCAGACGUUAGUCUGUCUGGUACUGAAAUGCAUACUGUUGCCAGGACUGUCUAUCCAAAAAAAAAAAAAAAAACUGAUAUUUUGUUGCUGCACCCGAAUACUGUGAUCCCUGAAGCUACCCCUGAGCCAGUCUGUUGAGCGAUCUCUGCACUUGAUGUGACACUACCAAGUAAACCAGACUGUCCACACAUCUGUCUCCUGAUGAAGUAGAAAUCGACCAAUCAGGACCGGGACACGUGCAAUCAGAAGCCUGCCUCUCCCCAGAAGCCAGUAGGGCAACACCUUGCAAAUACAGCUGUGAAUAGAUCUGAGGUGCAAUCGAAGACUCUUCUUUGCGUCCCUCCUCCUCCUCCUCUUCCUCCUCCUCCUCCUCCUCCUCCUUGCUGUAAAGCAGGCGGGUGAGGAUGGGGGAGGGAGGCUGUGCAAAGGGGACACACCGUAAGGCUGUUGAGACCUACUAGAUUUAAGGCAUCCUACUGGAUUUAUUUGCCAAAAUAGCUAUUGCUGUAUUCUAGAACGUGUUUGAAUUGUACUUGAUUAAUGCUCUAAUGCACUGUGUUUUAUUUAUUUUUUAGGUGAGGAUAUUUUGUUGUUUUUCUGUAGAAACAGCACUGUUUUAUUUUAUUUUUUUUAACUACAUUCAUUAGUUUAGCUGUCUGUGCACUUUUUGACAAAGGUUGUUUAACCCAUUAAGUGCCAUUGUCCUCAUUUGAAGACAGGCUCCUUUUUUGAGCAUUUUUAACUGUCAUGUAUCUACCUGUUAUUUUAAUGUUCUCUUUAUAUUGUUAUAUUAAUAAUAAUUUUGUCUAAAUGUAAUGUAUGGAAUUGCAUAACUACA